CUUUACCAACGCCCCUGGGAAGUGAUCAAAAUAUUACAACAUAAUUUGUGAAUUUUACACAAGUUUUCAGGCCAAAGCUGGUUCGUGAGGCUUUCUGGUGCAUAGCAAGACGUUUUUGUUUUGUGGUAGGUAUACCUUUUCUCGUACGUACGACCUUCUUCACCUUUUUAGACAUGAAUUUGGAAUUUGACUUUUGAAAGAUGCUUUAGUUUAAUGGAUCAUCAGCGAAAUUUAUUUCAUCUGCAGUGCAUGCAGUUUGUUUUUCUGCACAGCUGGUAAUAUUUGGCUGUGCUUUGGGGGAUUCUUCUUUUUUUGCAUGGAUUUGUAAGACAGAGGUUUCAUUCGCGAUGUAAUGACUAAUUCUUCAAAUAAUUUAGCUUGUGUUGAUGUUGAAGUCUGAUUACAGGCUUAGUCGUGUAACUCUGUAAGUCACAGACAGCAUGAUCUUUCAUUCCAGAAUACCUGAUCAUGAUAAUUCCUCUGUAAGUCUUAACAUCUUAGCCCCUAUAAUCUUCCUGUGGCUUUUAUCUUCACGGUCGCUCUACUUCUUUCAUAUUUCCUCAUCGGCUCAUAAUAUCCUCCUUGGUGUUAAAUCAUGCAUGCAUGUAUUUGCAAGCUCGUCUUUAGAACCAGCUGCCUGAAUGUAUAUUAUACUAAAGAAUUAACCUAGAAUUGGCGCACUUAUGGAAAUUAUUCACCCACUCUUUCAACACCUCAUCACAAAGAAACCACACAUUUUGCAGGCUCUUAGACUGUAAUAAAUUCUAAUGGAUCAUGUGAACAAUGAUCAAGAUUUCUUAAAAAUUAUGUAGAAAAUUUUUAGAACUAUCUUCUGUAUUUGCAAUGAACUCAACAAUAGAUCUACCUUCCAGUAGACUUUCUACCCUAGGUCUUCAAUGAAUAAUGAAUUAUUUUAAAAAGUUCUACUUGUAUAUCACAGACAAUAAACUAUAGUCCCUUUUUUGACGAUCCAUGAUAAAUUGUGAAAUUUUAGAUCUGACUCUCAUUUCUCUUGCUAAAAUCAGUAAGUUUUUGAACACUUGAUAAUGUAUGAAAAAAAUAAUUUUGUCAACAAGGAGAUGUUGACUUUAAUAAGCAAAUUGUUUUGCCUAGACCUUUAAAAGUGAAUGUUGAAUUAAUGCGUGACAUUUCAGUGAUAAAGAAUCAAGUUAUGAUUUUUAAAUGAAGAUCCAAAGACUGAGAACUGUCAUCAUGUGGGGUGCUUUACACUACCCCCCAUGUUACUUGCUCAAGAGUGCCAGUUCGUGUGAAAGAGCCAAAAAAUAAAAGCAGGUGACCAGAUUAUCUUGGAUACCAUUUUGUUACAUCAGAUAGGCGCAAAAUACAGGGAAAUAUUCUGUUUAAGUGUUCUACGUGUACCAUGAAGUUUGUACCAGCCUUUGAAUUCAGAGGGUGAAAUUGAGCCACCCUUUUUGGCCUGUUACUGGUAAAUUAUGCUUUCAAUUCCACUCAAAACUGCUAAAUGGCUGCUUAAGGCUGAAAUAAUUUCUUGGCUGGUACCAUUCAUGUUGUUAAGUCAAACCUAUUUUUGCUCUGACACAAAAUUAAUCCGUUUUGGUUAGCAAACAUCCAUUAUGUGAUAUCUCAAUAAAAUCCCCAACCCUUUUAUAUUUGAUUUGUAUGUGCAGCCUGGAACUCAAUGCAAGAAAAUUGAUACAGUCAUAUUUACAAUGGAUAACCUGAAUGUUGCUCAAAAUUAAUGUCUUCUCCACUUGCAUAAUUGUCCAGUCAUCCGAGGAGGUGACCAGACAAGACUUCUAUAUGAUUGGGCAUUGUCUGUUGAUUGGCUGUUAAAUUUCAAGCCCUGGCUGGUAUACAAAUUCUUAUCAAAGUUACAUCAAUAAUUUUGCAAUUUUCAAAAGAAUCAAUAGUCUUUUUGCAAUUGAAAGCAAACAUAUAAUUAGUCUUCUGCCUCUACACAAUGUACCUAGGAAUGCAUUAUUUGUGACUGUACGUUUCUUUUUAUUUUUUUUACUUUUUUGUGCUUAAAGUUUUCAUUUAGUGAUAAAUCUAGAUGAUAAUUGAUUGAAUUCAAUCAGCCAGUGACCUUGAACUGCUCGCAUGGCUUGUGUUUUUUAUCAGAUUGUUAACAAUCAAAACAAUUCAUAACAGUGUUGGGUUUUCACCAAAAUUCAAAUAUCUUUGUUUGUAGAACCAUGCAGAAUACAAAUGCUUUAGGGAGAAGUUCCAUGUUAAUCACUUUUGGGAGUUAAAGGGUUAAAAGAAUAAAGUGUCAUUACUCAUUUUCUUGUUACUCUGUUAAUUGUUUCUUUGUUACCCCGUUUAGUAAUACCCUUGUCAUAGAGGGAAACCCAAGUAAAGGCCACUUACUUACUUACCUCUUGGUUAUUUAAUCAUUCAUCUGAUGUAUCUUGUUCUGGAAAGAAACAGGGCAAGGUCCAUGCAAGCAUCUCUUCAAUAGCUUUAAUGGGUUUUUGAUAAAUAUGUUUUCUGUUUACAUUUAGGGUAUACUUCUGCAUUAAAAACCCCACAAGUCUGAAUAUUGUUGUUGUGACAGCAGUAUGCAGACCAUAAAGUGUGUCGUAGUCGGUGAUGGAGCUGUAGGAAAAACCUGUUUAUUGAUUUCCUACACAACAAAUAAAUUUCCAAGUGAAUAUGUACCCACGGUAAGUUUUCUUCUCUCAUUAUGGAGUUCAGCAGGUUGGAUUAGAAAUUUUGGAGUAGGUUUCUUUGUGACGUUGCUUAAACUUUGCUGUUCACUUGCUUAAAAAAGGUGAUAUACGAUUAAAAUGUGGGUUACAGCACUGUGCCAAUACCAAUACUCUACUGUGCAGACAGUUGCUGAAAAUAGAGAAAAAUAUAAACUACUGGAUAAUGCGAUAUCUCUUGGUUAGCCUGUGCAUUAUUUUUGGUCAAUUUAGCAGGUCCUAUUUCACUGUACCACUCACUAAAUUCAAACAUUUGAAAUGUUCCCCCUCUAUUUGAACCCAGAGAUUUAAUGAAAAUCUUUCUAACCCCCUAAUGUUGGGUGGCAUUGUAAAUUACUGAACUUUGUUUUUUCCUCUUGGAUUUAUGGCCUGCACUUGGGCCAGAAAUACCAGUGGAAAAACAUGGUCUGUGACUUACAGUACUGAGACCUGGAACCUGGUUAGUAAGAGGUUUUUCAAUUUUUACAUCAAACUCUCAGAAUGGGAGGUGAAAGGUUCUCAUCCUUUAAACUGCCUUUCCCCUCCCUCUCCUAAUUAUUUUGAUCAAGAAGCUCUAAUUGGACUCUAAGCAUUACAUCAUAAAGUUAUUUUGAUGUUAUUUUGGACAACCCAUUGAUGAACAACUUAUCAGUCUUUGUUGUGUUCCAGGUGUUUGAUAAUUAUGCAGUCACUGUUAUGAUUGGUGGAGAGCCAUUCACAUUAGGGUUGUUUGAUACAGCAGGUAAGGUCUCUUUUAACCCUUUAACCCCAAGAGUGACCAGCAUCUAAUUUCUCCCUAUGGUAUCACCCUAGCAUCAAAUAUCAACUGUUAUGAGAAUAGAGGAAAUGAUCACCAACCUAAAAAGCUGUUGAUUUUUCAGCAAAUUCUCCUUGAUGGUAUCAUAGGAAAUUUAUAGGGAACAUUAUAGAGAAUAAGCACGCUGAUGUUAGGGUGUAACUGGUUAAGCCUUCUGUUGUUCACACUGACAAAGGGCAAACUCUUGAAACAUCAACUUUAGAAACUCUUCAUGUUGGCCAGUUUACAUUACCAACUCAAUUUUUCAAACCAAGUUAUGGCAUACCUUCUAAAAAUCCUCACCAAGGCAGAACCACCGUUUCUUUAUUCAUCAGUCUUAUCAGCCUGAAAUCCAAGUGAAAAUUAUGUAGACAUUUUCACUCUUAUUAAUCAUAUCUUACAUGCUUCCUCUUUUUUACUGCCUUAGGCCAAGAGGAUUAUGACCGACUGAGACCUCUGUCCUACCCACAGACAGAUGUAUUCCUUGUUUGCUUUUCUGUAGUGUCACCAUCUUCUUUUGAAAAUGUCAAAGAAAAGGUAUAAUCUCUUUAGGAAGAAAUGGUCACUAGGCAAGGGUAAUUUAUAAAAUAUUUCAGAUAAUUAGCACAUCCUCAUUGGUUUGUGGGUGUAUUUAGAUGAGAGUAUGUAAAUGUGGUUGACAAUGCCUAUCUUCAUUUGUCAAAUUAUUUUUAGCAAAAUAUUUUUUAGAGGUAGCAAUAUUUUUUUUUAAAAAACCCAAGCAAUAGAGGAUCUAUCUUGCCAUUUAAAUUUGAAAACACCUCUAUGUUUAACUUUUGAAUAUGGAUGUAAAACUUUUGAUUUUUUUGUAUUAGGCUAGAAAGGAUUUGACACCUUUGUAGAUCUUUUCUUUUGAGCCAUUUGUUUUAAUUUCUCCUUACAAUAUCAAUACAAUAUCAAGCAGACAAGUAAUGAGAAUAAAAAAAAAAUACCAAUAAGGGGAUUAUAAGUUGAUUAAAUACUAAAUUCUCCAAACUAACAUCACAAGAACUGUAUGGCGGACAGUAAGGAGAGUUACAAAUGAGAUCUUGGGAGUGAAAGGGUUAAAAACCUCUAUGUUUAAGGAUGUAACACUUGUAUUUAGACAAUGAUCAAAUGCCCCUGUGUUGCCCAGAUGGGGAUGUUGAAGCUUUGAACUGAUUGCUGCAUUCUGAUGUUUGUUUUUGAUCAGAAAAGUUGAAAGAUGAAAGUUGUCAACUCAGUCAAUUUUUGUCAAUUCAGUUGAAGGUUCUAAAAAAAAUUUACUGCUACUCUUAACUUAAGAUAUGUCAGCAAACUCAAAGUUAUUUUACUCUUUCUUUAGUGGGUUCCUGAAAUCACCCAUCAUUGUCCUAAGACUCCUUUUCUUCUUGUUGGUACACAAGUGGACUUGCGGGAUGACGCAGGAACAAUAGAAAAACUGACCAAGAACAAGCAGAAACCCAUAGCAGUUGAGGGUGCGGAAAAGUUAACACGAGAGCUAAAAGCUGUUAAAUAUGUUGAAUGUUCAGCCCUGACUCAGAAAGGCCUGAAGAAUGUCUUUGAUGAAGCAAUUCUGGCUGCAUUAGAGCCUCCAGAGCCACCAAAGAAGAAACUUUGCACUUUACUUUAA